UGAUGGAUGGGCUGAGGAUGAAGGAGACCCCAUGGCGGAGGCUCUGAGAGGGAAGGACAUGCUCUGGGUCACCCUCACCUGAGAGGUGCAUCUCAGGAAGACACCACAUCUAUUUGCUGCUCUGAUCUGGAAACAAGAGCCAGGCUCCUGGGGAGGGGCAGUUCCUCUUCCUGUGGGUCUGCUGACGGGACAAACCCGUGACCAAGAGGGCCAGCCUCCGAGUGUCCACACCCUGUGCUUCUGUCUGUCUUUCCGGGCACCUUAGUCUGCUCCAUCUGCACAGCUGGGGCCAGAGGGAGGAGACACCAUGACCCCCACCCUCAUGGCCCUGCUCUGCCUUGGACUGAGUGUGGGCCCCAGGACUCCAGUGCAGGCAGGGACCCUCCCCAAACCCACCAUCUGGGCUGACCCAGGCUCUGUGAUCCACUGGGGGAAGCCAGUGACCAUUUGGUGUCAGGGGACCCUGGAGGCCCAAGAGUUCCUACUGUAUAGAGAGGGAAGUUCAGAGAUUUCAGGCCCACAGAACUCAUUGGAACCCAGAAAGAAGACCAAGUUCUCCAUCCCAUACAUGGUAGAGCAAUAUGCAGGACGAUAUCACUGCUACUAUCAAAGAUCCUCAUACUCGUCAGAGCACAGUGACCCCCUGGAGCUGGUGGUGACAGGAGUCUACAGCAAACCCUACCUCUCAGCCCUGCCGAGCCCUGUGGUGCCCUCAGGAGGGAAUGUGACCCUCCAGUGUGGCUCAUGGGAAGGAUUUGGCAAGUUUAUUCUGACUAAGGAAGGAGAACACAAGCCCUCCUGGACCCUGGACUCACAGCAACUCCCCAGCGGGCAGUUCCAGGCCCUGUUCUCUGUGGGCCCUGUGACCUCCAGCCACAGGUGGAUGUUCAGGUGCUAUGGCUGUUACAGGAACAAACCCCAGGUGUGGUCACACCCCAGUGACCACCUGGAGCUCCUGAUUUCAGGUGUAUCUCGGAAGCCCUCCCUCCUGACCCAGCAGGGCCGUGUUGUGGCCUCUGGACGGGACCUGACCCUCCAAUGUCACUCUGAUGCCGGCUAUGACAGAUUCGCUCUGAUCAAGGAGUGGGGACACGACCUCCACCAGCUCCUUGGCAGGCAGCCUCAGGCUGGGCUGUCUCAGGCCAACUUCCCCCUGGGCCCUGUGGGACCCUCCCAUGGGGGCCGGUACAGAUGCUAUGGUGAACACAACCUCUCCUCCGAGUGGUCAGCACCCAGUGACCCACUGGACAUCCUGGUGGCAGGACUGUUGUCUGACACACCCUCCCUCUCGGUGCUGCCAGGCCCCACGGUGGCCUCAGGAGAGAAUGUGACCCUGCUGUGUCAGUCAUGGGGUCCGAUGGACACUUUCCUCCUGUCCAAGGAGGGGUCAGCUGAUCCACCCCUGCGUCGUAGAUCAAAGUACAAAGCUCUAAAGUACCAGGCCCAAUUCUCCAUGAGUCCUGUGGCCUCAGCCCACAGGGGGACCUACAGGUGCUACAGCUCACUCAACACCUACCCCUACCUGUUGUCACACCCCAGUGACCCCCUGGAGCUCGUGGUCUCAGGAGGCUCUGAGGAUCAACUACCCCAGAUGGAGUCAGGAGCCCUGAUAGGUCUCAAAUGGUACCUGAAGGCUCUGAUUGGGGUCUUGGUGGCCUUCAUCCUCCUGCUGUCCCUCUUCCUCUUUCUCCUCCUCUUCAUCCGACACUGGCGUCAGAGCAAACGCAGGACCUCAGAUGCUGCCGUGCAGGACACACAGCCUGAGGAGGGGGUGGAGCUGGACCAUCAGCAGAGCCCCCAAGAUGAAGACCCCCAGGGAGCCACAUAUGCCCAGGUGAACCACUCAAGAUCAAGGCUUAGACAGAGAGUGGCCAUCUCUCCUUCCCCCCUGUCAGAGGAAUCACUGGACAUGAAGGACAGACAAGCAGAAGAGGACAGACAGAUGGACAGACAGGCUACUGCAUCUGAAGACCCCCAGGAAGUGACCUAUGCCCAGCUGAACCACUUGACCCUCAGGCGGGAGAUGACACCCCCUUCCUCUCAGUCAGAGGAACCCCCAGCGGAGCCCAGCGUGUAUGCUUCUCUGGCCAUCCGCUAGCCCAGGAAGGACCCAGACCCCACCCUCCAAGGGGGAGACUUCAGAGACCCCAGACGGAACAGGAGCUGCCCCCAGUGGACACCUCCUAAUGACCCCCUGCCAGCCAGACUCCUAACACGGACCACCAGGACCUUCUGGGACACUUUGGGACUCACUGAUUCUGCCGUCAAAGAUAACAGAUAUCCCUACAUUAUGGAAAUAACGCAACAGACUUUUCAAUAAUCCAUGAGUGAAAUGAGAAAUCCAAAACAGAAGCGAAAGCAUGUUUUAAAUUGAAUGAUAAUGUAAAUAUUACACAUCAAUCCUGCCAAAUAGGAAAAUUAAGAACCAUGAAUGAAUGAAUAUCUUUAGAAAAGAAAAGCCUAAAAAAAUCAAUGACCUAAGCUAUCAUACCAAGAAUUUAGAAAAAGAAUAGCAAAUUAUUCCAAAUGAGGGUAAGAGGGAAAAAAUAAUGACAAGAGUAGCUACUAAUGAGGAUGAAUAAAAAAUAGAGAAAAGUCAACAAAGCCAAAAAAAUUCAUUCUUGAAAACAUUAAUCACGCUUAUCAAUCCCAGCCACAAUGCUCAAGGAAAACAAGAGAAGGCACACAUUACCACUAUCAGGACAGUAUCACAGAUCCUACGGACUUUAAAUAGGUAGCAGAUCAUUAUGAUCAAUUUUAUGAAAAUAGAUUAGAAAAUUUAGAUGAAAUGGACAAAAUACUCAAAAAUACAAGUUACUAAAAUGAUGGAAAUAAAAAUAAAUAGAAUAUCUGAGUUGUCAUAUAUAUUAAAUACGUUGAGUUUAUAAUUAAAAAUUUUCCCACUAAGUAAA